AUGUUCCAAAAUUGUGGAAGUUUUAUUUUUUUACCCAAUCCUGGCACAUCUUCCAACAAGUUUUUAGAAAAUUUAUUGAAGGAAAAUGGCGCCACAAUCGUAUCAAACUUUGCAGGCUACCUUCAAUCCAAUCCAAAAGAAGUAACAAUUUUGAUUGAUGACUCCUUUGUUGACUCCAACAUGAACCUUAUACAAAGGGAUAUUUUUCAAAGAGAGGCAGGCCUGAAUAAUAUUGAUGAAUUUUUUGACAAGGUUGAAGAUUUGAAUAUUCACUGCUUCAAAACUAGCUGCGUCACAAAGUGGGUUCGAAAUAAAACAUUCACCUUUCAAAAAGAUGAUUUGAUCAAGUUGAGACCAUCCGUUAUCACUAUAUCAGAUGACACUAACAACGGAACAAGCUCAAGUGAUGAACAUAGUGAGGUUUCAACUGAUGUAGGUGAUGGAGGCAAAAAUGAAGAUACAAUGGAGACCUCACAGCCUGUUAAAGAUCCUGUUUAUUCGAAUGAGAGCACAACAUUGCUUGUGAAUAAUAGAUCAAAAUAUAAGAAUAACGAAUUGAUUGUUGAAGCGUUGAAAAGAUUGACCAAAAAAUAUGAGGUCAAGGGCGAGAAGUUUCGUGCAAGAAGUUAUAGACUUGCCAAGCAAUCCAUAGAAAAUUGCGAUUUUGACAUUAGUUCUGGUGAAGAAGCACAUACUAAACUAAGGAAUAUUGGGCCCAGCAUUGCAAGAAAAAUACAAAUUAUACUAGAUACGGGUGUGUUACCAGGCUUGAAUGAUUCGAUAGGGUUGGAAGAUAGCUUAAAAUAUUUCAAGAACUGUUAUGGGAUUGGACCAGAGAUUGCUAAACGUUGGAACCUUUUGAAUUUCGAAAGUUUUUGUUCCGCAGCCAAGAACGAUCCGGAGGAGUUCAUAUCGGACUGGUCCGUUUUAUUUGGCUGGUCAUAUUAUGAAGAUUGGCUGCGUAAGAUGUCUCGAAAUGAAUGUUUGGCACAUUUGGAGAGGGUUAAAAGUUCAUUAGGCGAAAUUGACCCUGAAUGCCAAGUUGAGUUACAAGGAAGUUACAAUAGGGGUUAUUCUAAAUGUGGUGACAUUGAUCUUUUAUUUUUCAAACCAUUUUGUAAUGAUACCGCCGAAUUGGCAAAUAUCAUGGAAUCGCUUUGUAUUAAACUGUUUAGGGAUGGUUAUAUCCUUUGUUUCUUACAGUUAACACCAAUCUUGGAAAGAAUGUUUGCAGAAAAAAUUCUGGAGAGACUUCAAACAGCAAGAAUUGUUGGAUAUGGAGAAAGAGAGAAAUGGUAUUCUUCAGAGAUAAUCAAGAAAUUUUUCAUGGGUGUUAAAUUAUCCACAAGAAAACUGGAAGAAUUGAAAGAAAUGGAUAUUGAUGAAGGCACAUUUUUUAUAGAACAAGAAGAGGAAACCAAAUUAAAACCGAUCGACCAAUAUAUGUCUUUGAAUUCGAGGGAUGGAAAUUACUGUAGAAGGCUGGAUUUUUUUUGUUGUAAGUGGGAUGAGCUUGGAGCAGGAAGAAUACAUUAUACCGGAUCUAAAGAAUACAACAGGUGGAUAAGGAUAUUAGCAGCGCAAAAAGGACUCAAGUUAACACAGCAUGGGCUAUUUCGAGACAAUAUUCUUCUUGAAAGCUUUAAUGAGCGCAGGAUUUUCGAACUAUUAAACUUAAAAUACGUCGAACCCAAAGAUAGGAAUAAUAUUGAGUGGGAAAAAAAACGCCUAAAUAAAUGA